UUCGGAUCGGACCAGACGGUCGAAUUGACGAUUCAGUCACUUUUCUGGUCCGAUUCAACACUGUCCCAAUAACUUUGUAAAUUAAAAACCGUUUAACUACGGGCCAGCCUACCCUAUACAGACCGUACCCACAUAAUCCCAAAGAUCCUCCUUUUUUUCUCUUUGGCGCUAAUAUUUUUCAAUACUACCACGACGCUCAAAUCCAAGUAGGGAAGACGAAAAGUAUAAGCCAUGGAAAAGAUUUGUGCAGCUCACGCCAUGCAAUGGAGCAUCGAGCUCGAGAACGGUCUCCGAUCCAAAAAACCUGGUAAAGUUAUUGAAUCGAUAUUACAAACUGGAACUCGACUUGAACAAUGGAGUAAAGAACCUAAUUAUCCAUUAUCAGUAUUACAAAUGUUUGGUUUAAUUCCUGGUGAAGAUAGAUUGUUUGCAAAUACUAUACUUCUACGUCUAGCCGAUGCAUUUAAAUCUGGUGAUAAACAGAUUAGAAUUUCUGUUUUGAAAGUUUUUUUGGGGGAGAUGAAGUUCAGGAGAAGUAAAGGGAAAAGUUAUAAUGGGAUAUUGAAGAAGGAUAGGGUUUUUAAUCAUGCUGAACUUCUUAAAAGAGUAAAGCUAGUUUAUGAUACCGGAGAUGUGGAAUCAAGAGGGUUGGUUUUUAGAUUAAUUGGUUGUUGGGCUGAUUUUGCCAAGGAUAGUGCUGAAAUUAGGUAUAUGGUGUUGUCCAGUUUGGGUUCUUGCCAUGUUUCGGAGGUGAGAUCAUUGUACACUUCUACUUUUUGUCAUAACGAUUUCAGAAUGGAUGCCAUGAUUUAUGAAAUGUUCGUGUUCGGCAUGUGAUUGUGAUGAUUUCUUUCGAGUGACGAGUAAGUAGUCAGUAACUUUUUAUAGUAAUAGUAACUUAAUUAUGUUUUUAAGGUUAGAACUAGGAUUUCUUGCUAUUCCUAAGGUUUGAUAAGUAAACCCCUAGGAUAUAUGUGCCAAGGUGUGAUACCUAUGCAUGGUUUGAUAGGAUAUGUCCGUGCAUGCAUUUACUCUUUUCAAAAUUAUUUCAGUAAUGAAA